CCCGAGCCGCCGCGCGCCCCUGCAGCAGCCCCCCUCCGCGCUCUCGCCCCUGCACGCGCUCUCAGCGCAUCCGCGCCGCUCUGGAUCUUUAUCUCACAGUUUGAGCAACCGGUGGGGAGAACCGCGACCACCGAGAGAGAGAGAGAGAGAGAGAGAGAGAGAGAGAGAGAGAAAGAGAGAGAGAUUGAGAGGAAACGUAGGGAGAGAGAGAAAGAGAAAGAGAGAGAGAGAGAGAGAGAGAGAGGGAGCGGAGUGCGACUUGCAGUGCUUGCAUCGUCUCUCCACCACCUUUUGCGUUGCGUGUGUAUAUGCGUGUGUCUGUCUGUCUAUGUGUGUUUCUGCUUGCGCACGAGCGAGCGAGCGAGUGAGUGUGUGCGCGUGUUAGUAUGAGUGUGUGUUACUCAGUGAACGAGUGUGUGUUCUUUUUUUUCCCUCCUCACACGCGCGCGCGCACACACAAGGAGGCUUUGAGCAGCCCGCGAGGAGGCGAGCAGCGCGGCAGCAUACCGAGCAGCAGCAGCAGCAUCAGCACCACCACCAGCAUCAUCUCCCACCAUCGCCACCUUCCACUGGUUCUGCUGCAAGAGCGAGGGGGCACUUUUUUGGUCACUGGGAAAUCUUUGCAAUGCACGCGGGGGGCAGUUGUUUGGCGGCCACAGCGCGUGCAUGAGCGAGCACGGGAGGUGGGGGGGAUAUAGAGAGAGAGAGUGAGAGAGAGCAUCGUCCAGGACACAAGCAUGGCCAAGGCGCUGUCCAAGGUGCUGCUCCUGCUCUCGUGCUCCGUGCUGAGCGUCGUGCCCGCGCUGGACGGCUGGGACAGCAGCAUCAGCAUCAGCAGCUUCAGCGGGGGCAUCAGGAGGGACCCGAGCCAGACGCUGCUCUCGCGCACGAAGCGGAAGAGCCUGUCGGUGGACUUCGCCGUGCCGUCGCUGCUGCGGCACUACAUGGCGCUGUUCUCCAAGCGGCCGCUCAGCCAGGAGCGCGACGCCGUGCGCAUCGCCGUGCGCGCCGGACUCCGGAUGCGCUGCGCGCCGCUGCAGAGGACCAUGGCCAGCCUGAUGGAGGGAGGGGAGUUGGGGGGCGACAUGGAAGGGGACAGGAGGAAGCAGGGCACGGGUUUGGGUUUGGGGUCGGGCUCGGGCCCCACAGUGCUCCAAGUGGGCCUCAGCAAAGCCAGCCGCAAGUCCAACCAGGUGGUGGUGGAGGUGGGGGAGGACAUGGUGCGGCAAGGAUGCGGGGGGCUGCGCUCCACCUCCACCGCCACUUUCCUCUACAUGGACCUGACCAGCGUGAUGGAGUGGUGGCUCGGGGCAGAGGGCGGGCGGCUGCGUGUGCGGCUGCUGCCCGAGAGGAAGGCGCAGGUCCCGGGCAGAGAGGAGCUUUACUCCGCCGCCAUCCGAGCCGCGGACGCGCGGCUGACCCUGCACAUGGAAAGCGGUCUGGCCUCGACCAAGAGUGCAGGACACGGCGAUGCCGCCCCCAGAUACUGGAACUUCACCUGGACUGCAGAGGACGAAGUCGGCUUCCCCAGCGAGAUGCCCCCGAGCUCAGGUUUGGAUUGCUCUUCUAAAGGAAAGUCCUGUGGCCUCGGCUCAGAAGGUUACCACCCAGAGUUUGCAUGGAGUAUAACAUCAGCAGAGGACUCCUGGGCAGAAGAUCAUGGAGGAAUGGAGACCACGGGAGGAAGUUCUCAAGGCUGGGAAGAAGGCCGCUUCCUGUCAGUGAAUGGCUCGGCUCUGGAGGGGCCGUGGGUGCUGAGUCCGUGGCUGCGUGCGCUCUAUUGGCCCUGUGAAUUGGAUGUGACGGUGUUUCUGCACCCCAGGCAGAAAGGACGCUACACAGUGUGGCUCAUCGAGAGAGACAAAGCGCCGCUGGCUCUGCUCACUACCGAACCGCCGCACAUCACGGGCUGGGCGGUGGUGCACCUCAGCCUGGGGUCCAGGGACAAGCCCUUCCGGAUCUCAUCCAGUUACGACCAGCCCGGAGAGCAGGAGACCGCCACCUACGACCCCCUCUUCAUCACCAACUGCACCAUGGAGACCUCUCGAAAUGUCACCCUGGAGGGCCGCUACCACUGCAGAGAGGGUCAAGAUAUCAGCCUGGGCCAGCUGUGUGACUUCACUCCUGAUUGUCCGCAGGGGGAUGACGAGGGCGAAGCGUGCCGUCAGUUCCUCAAUGGCAGCUACUGCUCUUUUGAAGACGGUGAUUGUGGAUGGCAGCUAGUGUCAGGCAGAAGUCCCUACAAGGUGGUCUAUCCCUUCCUACCCAAAGGGCUGCGGAGCACAUGUCCAUCAUCAGGAGCUGUUUUGGCUGUAGAAAGUCAAUCCAAAGGUCAACGGGGGUCAGUAGUCGUGCGGAGUCCACUCUUCCUCUACCCUCUGAGGAACGCUCCGUGCAUGGUCCAGUUCCAGGUGUGCGGGAACACGAGAGGUGCUCUGUCUCUCUGGAUCAUAGAGAACAGCACAGGACUUGAUGGCCAAAGAAGUCUAUGGAACUCUAGCAGCGAAGCCACGCUAGGCAAAGGCUGGAGGUUCAUCACGUUUCCUUUAUUUGGAUUGGUCGACUCGUUCUACCUCCAGUUCGUUGCAGACAUCUCUCCUGACUCCGACGCUGCAUUUGCGGUGGAUAAUUUCACUCUCAGCAUGAACUGCUUCCUCGCAACUAAUGGAGAAUUCCCUCCAGUGGUUCCAACAAGUCCAGCAGAAGGGAAGUUCAGACCCACGAGUCCAAUCAGGACCACCUCAACAGCAGGUGGAGGCUCAGGAGCUCUGUCCCUGCCGCCCACGCCAGCAGACUCCAUGAAAUGGUUUUUCCACCCUUGUGGGGCCUCAGGACCAGAAGGCCCUACCCCUUCUCAGUGUGCCAAUGCCUACCGUAACGCCAACGUGAACGUGACUGUGGGGACGAAAGGAGUGCUGAGGGGCAUUCAGAUGUGGAGGGUUCCAGAAACUGGAAUUUACAGGAUCACGGCUUACGGUGCGGCAGGUGGACGCAGUGUUCUGAGCACGCUCAGAUCGCAUGGCGUCUACAUCACAGCAGACUUCAAGCUGCUAAAAGACGAGGUGCUGUUCAUCCUUGUGGGACAGAAGGGAGAAGACGCGUGUCCCAGAGCUGCGGAGCCUCUGAGGCAGGUUUGUCUGGAUCAGAAAGGCCCUCCGAACAGCACCAGCAUGCUCAGAGGGGGAGCAGGAGGAGGAGGCGGGGCUACCUACAUUUUUAAGGUGGAGAACGGAGUGUAUGUUCCUCUGCUCAUCGCUGCUGGAGGUGGAGGUCGAGGCUACAGCAGUCACUCAGAGAACCAAGAGGAGGACGUGGAGCAUGACCCCAGCGUCCCCGGCCGCAACGGUAUUUCAGGAGCUGCUGGUGGUGGUGGAGGCUGGAACGACAGCGCUCCUAAAACUCAGGGUGGACGUCCGCUGGUUCUUGGAGGUCAGGGAGGAGAGCCGUGUGAUACUCAGGGCUGGAAGACCCACGGGGGCUUCGGGGGAGGUGGAGGAGCCUGUACCAGUGGAGGAGGAGGAGGAGGCUACAGAGGUGGCGGUGCUUCAGCAAACAAUGACCCUGAACAGGAUGGAGAGGAUGGAAUCUCUUUUAUUAGCCCUGAUGGAGAGAUAUUUAUGGAUGCACUCAAAGCCAUGGAGGGUGACGGUGAAGUGAUCAUUAACCCGGUACAGAACUGCAGUCACUGUGAGUCGGGAGAGUGCCGCGAGACGUUAGAGGGAACGGAGUGUUACUGUGAUGAAGGUCUUGUCUUGGCCAGUGAUGGAGUGCUCUGCCUCAACGCUACAGAGAUUUCUCUGCUGCAUCCGCCCUCUCUCUCUCACCUGGCUCUGGGGCUGUCUGUGGGCACCUCUGCACUCAUCGCCGCUCUGCUGCUGGCCGUGUCCGGAGUCAUGAUCAUGUACAGACGCAAGCACACCGAGCUGCAGUCCAUUCAGCUGGAGCUGCAGAGUCCAGACUGCAAGCUGAGUAAACUGAGAGCAUCCACCAUCAUGACCGAUUAUAACCCAAACUACUGCUUCGCUGGAAAGGCGGCAUCUGUGAACGACCUGAAGGAGGUUCCCCGCCGCAACAUCUCUCUGACCAGGGGUUUGGGGCAUGGAGCUUUUGGAGAGGUCUAUGAGGGUCUGGCAGUUGGAAUACCAGGUGAACCCAGUCCCAUGCAGGUAGCAGUGAAGACGCUCCCUGAAGUGUGUUCUGAGCAGGAUGAACUGGACUUUCUGAUGGAAGCUCUCAUAAUCAGUAAGUUCAGCCAUCAGAACAUAGUGCGGUGUAUAGGCGUGAGUUUACAGGCUCUGCCACGCUUCAUUCUGCUGGAGCUGAUGGCUGGAGGAGACCUCAAGAGCUUCCUUAGGGAGACGAGACCCAGACUGGAGCAUCCCUCCAGCCUCACCAUGGUGGACCUUCUCAAUAUAGCGAAAGACAUAGCACGUGGCUGCCAGUACCUAGAAGAGAACCAGUUCAUUCACAGGGACAUUGCAGCAAGAAAUUGCCUGCUCACCUGUAAAGGCCCUGGAAGAGUGGCCAAAAUCGGAGACUUUGGGAUGGCCAGAGACAUCUACAGAGCCAGUUACUACAGAAAAGGGGGUCGCGCCAUGCUGCCUGUGAAGUGGAUGCCUCCCGAGGCUUUCAUGGAAGGAAUUUUUACCUCCAAAACUGACACAUGGUCUUUCGGAGUGUUGCUGUGGGAGAUUUUCUCUCUGGGUUACAUGCCCUACCCCAGCCGCAGUAAUCAGGAGGUCCUUGAGUUUGUCACUAAUGGAGGCAGGAUGGACCCUCCACAGAACUGCCCUGGUCCAGUAUAUCGGAUAAUGACGCAGAGCUGGCAACACCAACCUGAAGACAGGCCAAACUUCUCCACCAUCCUUGAGAGAAUUGACUACUGUUUGCAGGAUCCAGACGUGGUGAACGUGCCACUGCCGGUGGAGUAUGGCCCCGUGCCCGAGGAGGAGGAGAGGGUACCCAUGCGUCCAGAGGAUCCCGCCGCUGCAUCUCUGCUCGUGGCCCCUCAGGGCGGGGAGGAGGCUGCAGCUUCCGCCCCCUCGUCCCGCUCUGAGGAAGCCAAGAGGGCUGCUGAGGCUCUGUUGAUGGGUGGCCACCUUGCUGAUGGCAAGCCUGGAGCUGGAGCUGUACCUGUACCUGGAGCUUUACCAGGACCUGGAGCUGCUACAUCUCAGCCCCACCCGCACCCGCAGGUGGCAUCAGUACCUGGGCAGCUGGCAUGCAACAAGACUACUGUUGUGCCCACCUCAUCCCAGGAUGGAGGCCACGUAAACCUGGGCUUCACUCAAGGCCACCCUGGUGAGAAGGAAAGCCGCAAUGGGAAGCCUACUAACCUUUGGAACCCUACUUAUGGAUCAUGGUUCCUCCAGCAGCAGCAGAAGCGACAGCAGGCUCAAGCUCAGGCUCAGGCUCAGGCUCAGGCUCAAGCCCAAGCUCAAGCUCAAGCCCAAGCUCAAGCUCAAGCUCAAGCUCAAGCCCAAGCCCAGGCUCAAGCUCAAGCUCAAAGGCAGGCCCAGCAGCGACUCCCAGCUGAAGGUCAGGAGCACUCGGGCAGGACUGUGACAGUGGCCGAGGCUCUGGGCCUGCAGCACCAGCACAAGCAGCAACAGCAGCAGUACCAGCAGCAGAUCCAGAUCCAGCACCAGCAGCAGCAACAGCAACAGCAGCAACAACAACAAGGCCUCUGCAGGCCUCUAUUACCCCCUCCUCCCCCACCUGCCCCCGCCCCCUUACUGCUGGAUUCAGCAGCCUUGCCUCCAGUCCCGCUCUACAGACUUCGCCGCUUCCCCUGCGGCAACAUCGGCUAUGGAUACCAGGAGCAAGGCCUGCCCCUGGAGCCCCCCAUGCCCCUGUCCAUGUCCGUACCGGGGCCGCAGGUCAUCGGUGGCCAGCCGCCACCCCCUCCCCCCGGCCAACACCCCCAGCUCCCCGGCCAGCAGAGACCGAUCUCGCUGGCUCGGCCCGGCGGCCCGGAGGACAGCCGCUCCCUGCUGGUGACCAUGGGGACAGUGCAGGACUCCAGACUCCCAAAAAUGGAAGGGCACAACGCCACAGUGCUUUAACCCCCUCUCCCUCAGUGCCCACUCGAGAAAACACUGUGCCAUCCUGUCUGUGCCCACCUCAGCUCACCGCCAUGCUUUUCAGCCACGGCAACGUUAACCCCCUCCCUCACUAUGAUGUCCGGGAUCGACCCUGACUGUUUUAUUAUCCUAUCGUCCUCAGCAGAGGCGCUCAGCGCUGGGGAAAGCUUUACAUGAAGCGAGGCGAGAUCAGCAUUCGGGGAAAAAAAAACACUUUACGUGAAGACUGCAGGACAUUUACUGUAUGUAACUUACUGUUACUAAGCUCAUGCUUAGUACCUGAGUGAAACCUUAACUGUGGAAUAGCAUCAUACGGUGAAACAAGGCUUCAGCAGCCAGAGUCAGAGAGAGCCAUAUAUUAAAUUGGCCUUGCUCACUUUACUAGUGCAUUACUAGUGCAUUGACUGCCUAGUAAUUCGUUAAUGGUGGCAGUUUCUAAAGAAGUAGUGGAUUACUUUUUUUUUUUUUUUUACAUAUCGAAGGAAGCAUGCACUUGUUCUUAGUGUCAGAAGCACUGCAAUUGAUUGACUGCAGGGAUUAGGUUAAUUGGCUCAAAUUAAAGCAAAGAAAUUAAACUGUAAAUCAAAAUAAAAGCCUUUUUAUUAUAAAUGGAAAUUAAAUGUUUCAACAAACAAACUAAAACAAGGAUAUUAAUCUAUAAGUCAAAAUAAAAGCCCACUUUUUAAUAACUGAAAAAAGGAGGCAAUUAAGUGGCCAUUUUUUCUUACCCUCUUCUCAGAGGCAGGUCAUAAUAUUUUUUAACUGUAACAUCCUGUCUCUUCAUUUUAGCAAAUCUUAUUUUGCAUUUGCAAUAUGCAAACUCUAAUAUGCUUUCAACCCAACAAAUACAAAGGUUAAAACAUGUUGAAAACAAACAGAGCACAAACAGACAUUAAGGCUUGUUCCAAUUCGCUGUGCAAUUAUGAAACUAUUAAGCGGUUAUUAAAAUGUCUGAGCUGAAAAUAAAGGCUUGUUUUAGAGAUGUGCUCAAAAUAAGCAGAAACGCUCUUCUACUCCUGUGGCCAUUCAGGUACAACACCAUUAAUAAACACUGAAGAGCUCACCACUUCAGCUUCAGAGUUAAAAAAAACAAAUAUUUCAGAGAAAAGGAGGCUAUAUUUUAUAUAAGGUCUAAAUAAUGCCCAUGGACACCUUUAACUGUUGAGGCGUAUUAUUAUUCAGGUCAAUAAUCAUAUGUUUAUUAUAUUAGAAUUACUACACAUUUCCCGAAAUUUUAUUUAACUAAUAUCUAAAGUAUAAUUGACAAGCAGCAAACAAGCAGCAUAAUUUCAGCAUAAUCUCAGUAAAGUAGAUGGCCUUCACAUUCUGUGAAAGGUUUGAAUGAAUAAAUAAAUAGAAAUUCUUUGGAAUUAAUUGGAAUAAAAGACAUUUUUUUAAAUUAAUACAAGCAAUAAAGGAAGUUUAAGGAAGAUUAAAACAGGAAUUUAGCAUCUACUGGCAUUUUUUCUUUUAAUAUUCCAAUAUCCAGUGAUGUUGGCCACUGUUAGACCAAUACUGAUACUGAUUAUCAUAUUGGUACAUCCCUGAAAUUAGUCAAAACUAAAUAUAUAAAUAAAUAAAGAGAAUAAAACUAUCAGAAUACACGUAUAAGUAUAUUUUUUCCCCUUACAUUUUAUUUUAAUACUAUGAUUUCGGCCAGUAUCAGACUGAUACUGAGUAACAGAUUGGCACACCCUUUGAAAUAUUAGGAAUAAAAUUAGAAAGUUGCUACAUUUAUUAGCAUCUUUUUCCCGAUAUUCAAUUCAGUAAUUUUGAACAGUAGUUGGUACACCCCUUAGAAUAUAUAAACAGGACCUCUAUCAAUAAACCUAUUAGCAUUCUUUUCAUUUAUUUAUUUUUUUACUUAACCAUUCCAGUGAUUUUGGCAAGUAUCAGAUCCAUACUGAUACUAAGUACUGGAUUGGCACACCCAUAGAAAUGCCUAGAAUUAUUAAAAAGCCCCCAAAAAAUAUUAAUAGGAAUAAAAGCCAUUUUUUAAAUUAAUGCAAUUAAAUAAUAAAGGGAGUUUUGAUUUCCUUACGUUAGUACAUAAAUCAAGAAAAAUUAAAAUAGCAAUUUAGCAUCUAUUAGCAUUUUCUUUCCCCUUCUGAUAUUUGAUCCAGUGAUUUUGGAUACUGUAAGACCAAUACGGAUACUGAUACUAAUUAUUUAAUUGGUACAUCCCUGCAAUUAGUAAAAAAAAUAAUAGAGUAAAGUUAUCAGAAUACAUCUAUAGGUAUUAUUUUACCUUUCAAUAUUUAAUACAAUGAUUUUGACCAGUGUCAGACAUUGAUACUGAGUAACAGAUUGGUACAUCCCUUGAAAUAUUAGGAAUAAAACUAGAAAGUUGACACGUUCGUUAGCACCUUUUUUCUCCUUAAUAUUUGAUCCAAUUUUUUUAACAGUAUUAAAUCAACAGUAACACUAAGCAUCUGAUUGGCACACCCAUAGAAAUUCCUACAAUUUUUAUAGAUAGAAUUAAUUGGAAUAAAAGCCAAUUCUUUUUUUUUUUUAUUCAAGUGAUAAAGGAAGUCUUAAUUUCCUCACAUCGGUAAAUAAAAAAAUAAAAAAAAGAUUGAGGGCACUGUUAGACCAAUACCGAUACUGAUUAUUGGAUUGGUACAUCCCUGGAAUAAGUAAAAUAAUAGAAUAUAGUUUAAAUACAUCUAGCAGUAUCAUUUUCUCCCUUCACAAUAAUCAAUACAAUACGUUUGGCCAGUAUCAGAUAUUGAUACUGAGUAACAGAUUGACACAUUCCUUGAAAUAUUAGGAAUAAAACUAGCUUCAUUAGCACCUUUUUUAUCUCUCAAUAUUUGAUACAGUUAUUUUAAACAGUACUAAAUCAACAGCAACACUAAGUAUCUGAUUGGCACACCCCUAAAAAUAUAUUAAAACAAAACAAACAAAAGAAAAAAAUCAGAAAUAAGAUUUUGGCCAGUAUCAGACCCAUACUGAUACUAAGGGCUGGAUUGGCACACCCAUAGAAAUGCCUAGAAAUAUUAAGUAGCUAAGCAAGCCAAGAAAAAUACAGUGAUUCUUUAGAAUUGAUUGGAAUAAAAGCCAUUUUUUGUUUUAAUUAAUGCAAGUAAUAAAGAACGUUUUUGUCUUGUGAUAAACGAUGAAGUUCCGCAGUGAUGGAACUUCCAAAAAACACACAUCAUAUGUUAAAUAUGCUGGUUCUCCGAGCAUACAGACAUAAAGAACCUGCAUAAUGAAAGAUAAUGUUCUGCAGUCUUCAUGUAGAGCAUUUCACAAAUUCGUAAAGCGUUACUCUAUUAAAGACUCGCUC